GACCUGUUCCCUUGCCUGCUUCAUGAGUUACGAAUUAGAUGGUGAUGCUAAUGUUACAUGUGAGAGAAAUACAUCUGCAGAAGAUAAAGCGUUUUGGAACUGGAACAAUGAAACUCAGGCAUUCUGUCAAAAACUAUCAUGCCCAAAGCUUCCUGUUCCCGAAGGUGGAGCAUUGGUUUGUAGCACAGCCAUCGGUAAUGAAGUAUGUACAAUGUCUUGUUCAAAUGAACAUCAAGUUGCAAAAGGAACAUCGAUUACGUAUAUAUGCAGUGAUGAACAAAUUUGGAUACAAGGAAUACCUCCAAAUUGUACAGACAAGGUGCAUCCUAGGAAUGCGAUUGGAGAAGAGGAGUUUUUCUUAUACUAUGAAGGAAAUUGUUCUGAUCUAACUACGAUUGAGACAAUAAAAAGUCAUUUUAUUGAAACAAUAAGAAGAGUAGAGAGCACAGAAGGGUGGAGUAACCUCUGUCCAAGUAACUGUACAAUAGAAGAUGUUGUUGUGGAUUGUGGAUCCCUAAAUGGAAAACGCCGGAAGCGAUCUACUGAAACAGAUGCGUUUCACAAAAUUUUCAAGCGAUCUACCGAGCCUGUGAAGAUUACAUUUAACUUUAUAUUAAAUUUCCCGUGGCAGACAGACAAGGGCCUGUGGGGAAAUGAUGACAUUUAUGCAGAAAUGUCUGAUUUUAUGAGCAAUAGAGUGGAAGAGGGUAUGGUUGACUUUCCUAAUGUAACAACAGGUUCCAUGCAGUUUGGAUGGCUUGAGUACAAUUGUCCAUUGGGACAAUUACCAACCUACAAUGACGACGGAACGUGUGUUGGAUGUCCCCCAGGACAGUACCUGGACAAUGAUGAUUGUCUAGAUUGUAGCAAAGGCUAUUAUCAGGACAAAGAAUAUCAAAUUAACUGUGAAAAAUGUCCAUCAAACCAGUCAACGGAAAGUAGGAGAUCAAUGUCAAAAGAUGAUUGUCAAGGUAAUUCUUUGCUACAAAAAUGUAUGAAAAUCAAACGAUGUUGUGUGUGUAAAUGA